UCAUACAGAACAGUGAGAGCGAAAGAGCGAGCGUGUGUGAGGUGAGAGAGCGAAUGUUAGUUUUUGGCUGGAAAUUCUAGAGAUUUGCAAUUUCACCAAAAGAAAAGUUAAAUUGGUCAAAAAAAGCACAGAAAAUAAAAUUAUUAAAUGCAUUUCUGCACAUACACAAAAGCAGAAGAUUGAAGAUUGCACAAUCAGGUGACAAAAAGGGAAGGAUCAGGAUUUGCGGGGAGCGAGGGCUGUUGAGAAAACGUCAUGUUGACGCACAAAACUUGUCAGGCAAGGAAAAAAAUGCAGGUUUCCUUUGUGAUUCGGGAUUCGGAAGAAAAGCAACAUCGAAAUGGUGUGAAUGCCCUCCAAUUGGAUGCCAAUAAUGGGAAAUUAUAUUCAGCCGGGCGAGAUGCCAUUAUUCGUGUUUGGAACACACGCUCCGAGAAUCAGGAAAAGUAUAUACAAUCCAUGGAGCACCACAAUGACUGGGUCAAUGAUAUUGUCCUUUGCUGCAAUGGCAGAAAUCUGAUAAGCGCCAGCUGUGAUACCACAGUAAAAGUGUGGAAUGCCCAUAAAGGUUUCUGCAUGUCCACACUGCGCACUCAUCGUGAUUAUGUCCAGGCCCUGGCCUAUGCCAAAGACCGGGAACAAGUGGCAAGUGCUGGGCUGGAUAAGGCCAUAUUUUUGUGGGAUGUUAAUACGCUAACUGCAUUAACUGCCAGCAAUAAUACGGUGACCACAUCUAGUCUAACUGGAUCUAAAGACUCCAUAUAUAGCCUGGCCAUGAAUCCAUCCGGUACGGUCAUUGUUAGUGGUUCGACAGAGAAUAUAUUAAGAAUAUGGGAUCCACGGACAUGUAUGCGCAGCAUGAAACUGAGAGGACACACAGAGAAUGUACGCUGUUUGGUUGUUUCGCCCGAUGGCCAUCAAGUAGUCAGUGGCAGCUCGGAUGGCACCAUCAAGGUAUGGAAUUUGGGCCAACAGCGUUGCAUACAAACCAUCCAUGUGCAUAAGGAGGGCGUUUGGUCACUGCUAAUGAGUGAGAAUUUCCAAUACAUAAUAUCUGGGAGUAGAGAUCGAAAUAUUAUAGUGACAGAAAUGCGUAAUCCCAGCAAUAAAAUGCUCGUAUGCGAAGAGAAGGCUCCCGUUUUGAGCCUGGGCUAUAAUAUCGACAAAACUGGAGUGUGGGCCACCACUUGGAAUUCGGAUAUUCGUUGCUGGAAAUUGCCCAUGUACGAUAGAGCCAGCCUAACAUCAAGCGGUGGCAUGGAUGCCCAGUGGUCGAUGGCCAAUGGUACAGAAUUGGCAUGUAUUAAGGGAGGCGCUGCCAUCAAGGAGUGCACGGUGCUUAAUGAUAAGCGUUAUAUUGUCACCAAGGAUUCGCAAGAUCAAGUGUCCGUCUAUGAUGUCCUUAGAGUGGUGAAAAAAGAAGAUCUCGGUAACGUAGACUACGAGGAGGAAGUCAAGAAACGACAGAAACAAGUUUAUAUACCAAAUUGGUUUACUGUAGAUCUAAAAACUGGCAUGCCCACCAUUGUCCUGGGUCAGGAGGAGGUUGAUUGCUUUGCCGCCUGGGUAUCUAUAGAAGCCGGUCUGCCAGAAUGUGUCGAUCCCACCACAGAAAUUAAGAUCAAUUAUGGCAAAUUGUUAUUAGAUGCCUUACUCGAGUAUUGGACACCACCACAUAGCAUUCCACCCAAUGAAUUGGAACCAGAUAUGCAUGGCAAUGGUUAUUUUCAAGUGCCCAAACAUACACCAGUGAUUUUUAGCGAAGUGGGAGGCCGAACUGUAUGUCGACUUUUAGUACGCGAUGCUGCUGGUGAUAGCGAAAGUACUUUGCUCCAUGAAACAGCCCCACAAUGGGUUACGGACGUGGUGAUUGAAAAGAAUAUACCGAAAUUUUUGAAAAUACCCUUCUUCCUGCAACCACAUCCACAAAUGACCAAACCGGAACGAACCAAAAAGGAUCGACUGGUGGCCAAUGAGUUUAUCCAGUGCCGUAAGGUGUGCGAGCAUGUAUUAGAAAAAGUUCUUAAUGCCGAGACAACGCCAAGUGGUGGUGGUGGCGGUGGUGCCAGUGGUGGAGGAAAUGUCCAAAAUUCCCUGCAGAAUAGCCAAAGUGAUGCCAAUUCAGAGGGUUCUCAACUGCCAGCCGAAGAACGUAUUGAACUGUGGUGCAACGAUGUGGUUGUAGAUCCUAAUAUGGAUUUGCGUACAGUUCGACAUUUUAUAUGGAAACAAUCGACUGAUUUAACAUUUCAAUACAAAACCAAACAAAACUUUAAUUACGAUGGUAAAUAAUUUUUUGUCGGGGCAGAGAAGAAAUUUUGGCCUAUUCCUCCUCAUUGGUCUCAUGUGAUUUACUUGCUUCCCCCUCACACACAUACAACACACACACACAGACAUUCACAACCUAUACACUUGGCACCACUUUAAACGGAUACUAUCAAUGUUAAAAAUCUGUUAGUUUAAGCAAAAUCAGCAAUAUCUAUACCGUUAUUCUUAAUAUUCUUUUGUUCGUACUGCAAAUAAUUUGUUCAAUGUUUUUCUUUUUUUUUUGUGUGUAUGUUUUGAUAACUUUUCAUUUUUACAACUUUUAUUUUUCACUUAAAUUAAAUGCACACAUUUCUCUUUAACCCAUAAUUCGCUUACUUUGCUUUCUUUCUCUCUCUCUCUAGCUAUCUAUAUUAUCUGUCAGACUUAUCAGAGAUUAGGCUUGCAUUUUACAAAACAUAUAAUUAAUAGAUACACACACACAUAUACAGAUGAUAUAUAUAUGUGUAUACAUAUAACUAUAACAAAUCAACUGCAGACAUACCAUUAUAAUAACUUUCAUUUUACUCCUUUGGGGUUUAUCAAUCUUUCUUUUUCUGUUUGUUUGCAUCUCUAGGCAUAAACACAGUUCUCGUUUACUUAGAUUCAUAUUGCAUUAAAUUUACAAAUAUAUAUAUAUAUAUCCUAAUUAUAAGUAAAUCUGUUAAAACGAAAAACAAAAGAAAAAAACACAAUGCAAUUGUAGAAAGCCAAUUUGUACAUAAGAGAAAAAUCCUAAUGAUAAAAAAAAAAUACAUAAAAAACGAAAAGAAAACAAAUAAAUCAAAAUUAUAACACUG